AUGAAACUAGUGAAAGAUGUCUGGUUAAGGGAGCCGAAGAACAAGAAUUUUGUAUUCUCUCCCUUUUCAAUCGACAGUGCUCUAGGUUUACUAGCUUUUGGAGCAAGUGGUGAAACCUUAGAACAGAUAUUAGGGUUCCUCAACUCCGGAAGCCUCGACCAUCUGAAUUCUGUCAACUCUAAACUUAUUGAAUCCUUAUGCGAAUCACGGACUGAACCUAAACUUUCUUUUGCUGGCGGCGUUUGGAUUGAAAAAUCUUGCUCUAUUAAACCUUCAUUCGAAGAAGUUGCCACCGCAGUAUACAAAGCCAAAGCCAAAACUGUGGAUUUCAAAAAUAAGAGCAAAAAGGUGCAGAAGAAGGUAAAUGAAUGGGUGGAAAAGCAAACAAAUGGAUUAAUCAAAAAUCUUCUUCCUGACGGAGCAGUCGAUGAAAGUACAAAAUUUAUAUUGGCGAAUGCACUCUAUUUUAAAGGAUGUUGGAGUCGGAAUCCGUUUGCUGAAAUGUUAACCAAGAAAUCAAAGUUUUAUAUUCUAGAUGGGGGAAAAUCAGUACAAGUUCCCUUUAUGUCGUCCGUUCAAUGCCAAUAUAUUACUUGUUAUGAUAGCUUCAGAAUACUUAAACUCCCAUAUGAGUGUUCAGGAACACAUAAAUAUGCCCGUGGUCCAAGUUUUUCAAUGUAUAUAGUUUUACCUGAGCAACGAUAUGGACUUGGUGAACUUAUAAGUUUGGUGCCACCGGGAGAAUUUAAGGUUCCGAAAUUCAAACUCCUUUUUGAUUUCGAAGCAUCAAGUGUACUCAAGAAAUUGGGAAUAGUUUUUCCUUUUGACAAAUCUCAAGCUGAGCCGACGGACAUGGCGAACAUUGAUGGUACUAGAAAAUAUAGUACUCUUCAUGUUGACAAAGUUUUUCACAAGUGUUUUGUUGAAGUUGAUGAAAAAGGAACCGAAGCUGCUGCUUCUACUGCCGUGCAUAUGGUGUGUUGUGCGUUGACUCCUCGUCCUUGUCCUCGUCCAACUCCUCCUCGUGUUGAUUUUGUGGGAGACCAUCCUUUCAUGUUCAUUAUCAGAAAGAAGCAGAUUGGUGUGGUGUUGUUCAUGGGGCAUGUCCUUAACCCUUUGCUAAAUUCCUGA